AUGGGAAAGAUGAAGGCGCUAGCCGAGAAGAAGGUCAAGGAGGAGAAGCGUGCAUUGACGGAGGAGCUGGAAAUGAUUAUCAUGAUUGAAAAGCUGAAGGAGCUACGAGCGAUCAGAAGAUCGAAGCUAAGCAAGCAAGGGCAUUUCUUCCCAGAGGAAGAUGAUGAUUUUCUGGCGAGAGUUAAAGCGAGUGCGGAAGAGGAAGAGAGGGCUGCAGCAGCAGCAGCAGCAGCCGCCGAGCCUCAAAGAAUGUCGGGGAAUGUGGCAGAUGGGGAUCUGGAUGGCCCGUCAAAGGGCAUCUCCUUCUCGUCAAUCCAGCAGGCAGUUGGUGCGUCAUUGAAAGCCCAGUCAGAUGCAGUUGCUGCAGAUGCCAGAGACGACGGGAGAAAGAAAGGCGACGACGACAAGGACCCGCAGGCAAUGACGGCAAAGCAAAAAGUGUCUUCUCCUAUCGGCGCUGCGGACGUGAUGACCGAAAAUCGCGCGGGUGGUAAUGCCGAGCCCGACAAAAAGGGACUGGAACGUAAAGAUGACGGGGAACGGAGGGGAGAAGAGGCCGAAGAAGAGCAGAGAUCAAAAGCAAAUGCAAAAGAAGGACAAGGAGGUGGUGGGGAAAAAGACAAAGAAGGCAAGACACCGUCGUCGCCACCGCAGCAGAAGCAGCAGCAGCAGCAUGAGGAUGGGAGCGUAGGAGGACUGCCCACUUGGAUGUUUCAUUAUUAUUAUGGUGCCACAGUGGAUAUGGGGGCUCUGAUUGAGGUACGCCGCGCAUGGGAUGCGUUCAUUAUGUCUGGGGGGAGCCGUAUUCCAUCCCACUGGGUGCAGCCAGCUCCACCAUCAGAUCCCGUGUGGGCAUCGUAUCUGGUGACGAAUAAGAAGAAGCGUGAACAUCGGAAGUCGAAAAAAGACAGGAGAAAGAAGGUCCCGCAAGCAGCAGCAGCAGCAGCAGGAGGAGGAGGAGGAGGAGGAGACAAGAGCUGCCCUGACUCAAUACGACGAACGGACAGAGGAACAAAGAGGGAGAGAGAUGGAAGUAGUUCAAGGCCGGGCAAGCGAGUGGCCGCUUAAGCAUUGUUUGUUUGGAUUUUUUUUGACUGACAGAUGUAUAAGGGUUUUGUUUUUUCCCAGUUGUUUUAUAAUUUUUGUCAUCGUGAGCUCUUUCACGUCG